CAUCCUGUUGCAGCUGAGCCCAGCCAGCCAUGAGUAGCAGUGCUUUUGCGUCGACCUGUGUAUGGUGCAGUCUUUUUCUCCGCAUCCUCAGUCCUGUUGAAGUUUGUGCACAGCCCUGCAACUGCAAGCAAUCAUUCAUCAGCGCAGCUAAGAGAAAAGACCGCAAUGGAAGGGUGGAAGAGUCACGUGCGCGCUAGACUGUUCCAGAGAGAUUGUACACAAAAGGACCCCUUAAGUGGUAUCUUCAACACCUUGUCCAAACUAGCGCAUCAGCUUGACUUACGGGAUACACUUUGGGAUGAGGUACAGAGACCCAGUUCUGAAGGAGAUGUUGGGCUGACGGUUGACCACAGAGAACUAUACCUCCAGCUCAGAGAGAGUGAACAUAUAACAGAAAAGCUCUCUCAGACAGUCUCUGACCUGACCACCGUCAUGUACCUGAAAGAUGCUGAGCUUCAAUACUGCCACUCACAAGUCUCCCGCUAUCGGAAGGAAGCUGUCACUCAAGCCAGGGAGGCCAACCUUCUGCAGGCCAGCCUAUCAGAGUUUGAGUUUGCAUUGGCGAGCCAAUCAAAGGAGUUGGCAGCCCUGCGGUUGGAGCAGCGGGAGCUGAAGGAGGGGCUUGCAGCAGCCUGGAGAGAGAAAGAAGAGCUUCUGGAGCGAUGGAUGGAUGAGAAGAAGGAGGAGGCGGAGAGGGUGAACAGGCACAAUGACACACAGGAAAGGUGGCAUCGUUUCACCCGGCGACUCAACAAGCAUCACCGUAGAGAGAUGCUGCGACCAGGUGAGCAGACCAACUCCUGGACGACUGGUAGGCCUACAACUGAACCAGCAACCACCAUACAGAGUAAGACUUCCAAUAGCCUGAAAUGAUCCUCAUUGGGUGGUAGCUAUUGUAGCUCUUUAUGCAUACUCUAAUCACAGUGAUAUACAGUGCCUUCUGAAAGUAUUCAGACCCCUUGACUUUUUAAAUGUUUUGUUAAGUUAGCCUUAUUUUACAAUUGAUUUAAAUUGCUUUUUUCAAUCUACACACAAUACCCCAUAAUGACAAUUCAAAAACAGGUUUUUAUGCAUUUUUGCUCAUUUAUAAUAAUAAAAAACCCUGAAAUCUCA